CUGCGAGGGAGGCAGCGUAACUGUCCGGCUCAUCACGCCCACGAGGACGUGGCUUUAGUUCCGGUGUCCCCAGGGACUCGAUCCUGGCGGCCUGCGGAAUCCUAGGUGCGUGCUGUUCUCGGACAGAGAUUUGCCUCACAAGUACUCCCAGUCUCCUGGUCCUCUGCGCCAAAGAGCUCCGACUCUUGGGAUUCUGUUCUGAAAAGAAAUUUGGAAGUCAGUGACUGUUUCCGGGGGGAGCUGAGAAGCGGACGGUCACUUCCGGCAGAGGGAGGCUGUCUGACCCCGGGAUGGAGGAGGCGGAGGAGUUGCUCGUGGAGGGGGCGAGCCUGCCGCUCGCUCUGGGCCAGAACUCGGGAUGGAGCCCUUCCGGAGUGGGCGGCGCCCAGGGCCUGGAAGACGUAGCGCCUGGACUGAGCCGAGCCGCCCUGGCUGUGAAGAGCCUCCCCCGCGGCUUAGCCCUGGGCCCCUCGCGGGCAGAGGAGCAGCACUUGGGUGUCUGGUGUGUCGGGGAGCCCCUGCAGCCUGGACUGCUGUGGGGGCCACUGGAGGAGGACUCUGUCUUCGAGGGAGAGAAACCAGGGCAGGAGGAUCUGUCACUAGGCGCAUGGGGAGACGUGUGUGCCUGUGAGCGCAGUUCAGGCUGGACCAGUUGGGUGCGACGGGGCAGGCUGGAGAGUGAGGGGAAUGUGGCCCCGGUGCGGAUCAAGCAGAGGCUCCACCUGCAGGUGCGCCAGGUCGUGCCGCCGGGCUCUGAGCUGCUGCUGUGGCCCUGGCCUCCCUCGAAGGGCCUGAGCCCCGCUCAGCCUGGGCUAGAGGAAGAGGCAGCUGUGGUGGCGACAGAAGUGGAGUCUGCCGUACAGGAAGUGGGCUCCCCCAAGGAGGAUGCCGCAGAACCUUGCACAGAUCCCGGCCAUCAGUCACCUCCCGGCAUCCAGGCAGAGAGCGUGCUGAGCCCCGGACCUAAGCCCCAAGCCCAGGAGCAACUCCCCAAGGAUACCCAACCAGCUGGCCCUUUGCGGCAAGAUGGCACCACGGAUGAGGUGUGUCUGCCGCAGACACAGGCACGGCCUGAUCCUCGGAGCAGCUCAGCCACCCAGCAGGGCCCAGAGCACAGCGAAGCCAGUUUCCCAUCAGCCCCCGGGAGCACCCAGUCAGAUGCUUACCUGGCCAAGAAGUUACCUAGCCCCGGUGAUCAAAGCCCUCCCGGAGAAAAGACCUCAGAGCCCAGGGCCCAGCACCCUGGCGUCCCGGGACUCCCGCAGACCCCUCCUCGCCCAGCUGUGAGCUCCCCAAAGCAGGGGCGGCGGUACCGGUGCGGCGAGUGCGGCAAGGCCUUCCUGCAGCUGUGCCACCUGAAGAAGCACGCGUUUGUGCACACGGGCCACAAGCCCUUCCUCUGCACAGAGUGUGGCAAGAGCUACAGCUCGGAGGAGAGCUUCAAAGCCCACACGCUGGGCCACCGCGGCGUGCGGCCCUUCCCUUGCCCACAGUGCGACAAGGCCUACGGCACCCGGCGAGACCUCAGGGAGCACCAGGUGGUACACUCAGGUGCACGGCCCUUUGCUUGUGACCAGUGUGGCAAGGCCUUCGCCCGCCGGCCCUCCCUGCGGCUGCAUCGCAAGACCCACCAGGUGCCGGCUGCCCCAGCCCCGUGCCCGUGCCCCGUGUGCGGGCGGCCCCUGGCCAACCAGGGCUCCCUGCGGAACCACAUGCGGCUGCACACCGGGGAGAAGCCCUUCCUGUGCCCGCACUGCGGCCGGGCGUUCCGCCAGCGGGGCAACCUGCGCGGGCACUUGCGCCUGCACACCGGGGAGCGGCCUUACCGCUGCCCGCACUGUGCCGAAGCCUUCCCCCAGCUGCCCGAGCUGCGGCGCCAUCUCAUCUCCCACACCGGGGAGGCGCACCUGUGCCCCGUGUGCGGGAAGGCCCUCCGAGACCCACAUACCCUGCGUGCCCAUGAGCGCCUGCACUCGGGCGAGAGGCCCUUCCCGUGUCCCCAGUGUGGCCGUGCGUACACGCUGGCCACCAAGCUGCGGCGCCACCUCAAAUCCCACGUGGCAGACAAGCCCUACCGCUGCACCACCUGUGGCAUGGGCUACACCCUCCCACAGAGCCUCAAGCGCCACCUGCUUAGUCACCAGGCCGAGGCACCCUCCAGUCCCCGCCCCGUGUCCCCUGCCGCCUCUGAGCCCACCGUGGUGCUCCUGCAGACGGAACCCGAGCUGCUAGGCCUGGGCGGCGAGCAGGCCGUCUCCCCGGCUGGGGCCGUCGUGGAGGUCACCAUUUCUGAGAGCCAGGACAAGUGCAGGGAGAUGGCCCAGGAGCCAGGCCCUGCGGCCAGCCUUGUGCUCAUCCAUAAGGACAUGGGCUUCGGUGCCUGGGCGGAAGUGGUGGAGGUGGAGACAGGCACCUGACAGCUGCGCCUCCCCCGCCAGAGCCUUCCAUAAAAGGUUUGGUUUCUAGCUGCCGUGUGUCUGCGCCUUCUUUCUCUUGGCAUGGCCUGGUAAGGGCCGGACUCUCCUAUGAGAACCAGGUCAAGCACUUCCCUUCCUGCUACCAGACCUCCAAACUGUUUCCCAAGAUUAUUAGGUCAGACUUCUGGUUGGAGAGCUUUUCACUGACAUCCAGUGGAGCUUGUUCUGCGCAGAACCCCGCUGAGGUGACCCCACCCCGCCUGGGUGCGUCACACCCACGGAGCUCCCUGAGGGGCAGGCGCUGGUGUCGCGCCCCUUGGGUGACUCCAAGGACUGAGAAGCAGCUCAGCACACAGCCCUCAUGCCCCAGCUCACUGUGCUUUGGGCUCUGCACCGCUGCGUGCCGUGAGGUGGGCCACAGGGUGUCGGGCUCCCAGGAAGGGAAGUUCAGUGUAGCCCUUACAGCCCUGGGAAGGUCAGGGACCUUCGUGUCCUGCCCAAGAGCACAGGUUACUUGGGGGUUAGCAUUCGCACCUGCAUAACCCAGCAAUGGCGUAAGGGUGCCAGCUCUGCAGUGUGCCACCUCACCACAGCUGGCUCUGGGUGUUGGGGGAGGGGAGAGCUGUGCAGGAACAGGUGCUGGGAUGAGCAUGGGCAGGCCUGAGCAGCAUGGCCAGCACUAAGAAUGUUGGGAGGGAGGCGGGACCUAAGCUCAGGGCUUGGACUUGAUUUUCAAGACCGUGAGAAGCUCUGAAGGACGUGAUCGGAUUUGUGUGUGACAAGACCUGGAGGAUGGGUGGGCAGAUGUGGUUGUGGGAAAUGAAUUUGCUGCCUAGGAGGCUGGGAAUAGGGCAGAGUGGCGGAAUGGCUCGCGGAGUGUCCAUGGAGCACUUCAGUUAGGAUUGUGGCAGCGACAGUGUCUACAUGUCUACGCUCAGGUGGCUUGCACUGUAGCGUGGGAAGGGCAUUACAGAUGGUCAGAGGCUGGGAAGGGCAGCCAGGCAGAGGCAUACAGGGCGGGGGUGUGCAGAGCGUGUUGACCCAGGCCUCUGGGGAUGUGACUUGAGCAGAGGGAGCCCUGUUGGCAUCUGGAGCGGAGGUUGGGGGGAGCUGCAUUCUAGGCAGAGACACAGGGCAAAGACUGUGAGGUCAAGAGCAAGGAGCAGAGUGACCAAGGCAGGGCAGGGCGUGGAAGGAGUGAGGACAGAGGGUGCUCUGGCUGGGUAAGGACUUCGGAUGGAUCCAUUCUCAGAGACGUAAAGGUACCCGAUUUUAAAGACAGUGGAUACAGAGAGAGAUCAGACCUGUGGUUUCUAACUAAUUUGGGGGAGCAGGCUGCUACGGUUUGGUGUGCUCUGUCCCCAGGAGUUCAUGUGUUGGAGCCCAGGUCUGCAGUGUGGUGAUGUCACACGUAAUGACCUUCAGAGGCAGGGCCUGGUGGGCGGUGGUGACGUCGCUGGGGGCCCUGCCCUCAGAGCGGGGUUAAUGCCGGCCUUGCUGAAUGAGUGAGUUCUGUGAUGGUGGAUUUACAAAAGAGCAAGACAGCCCCUCCCUGGGCUCUGGCUUCCUGUCUCACUUUGUCACUCACUUGUACAGUGUCAUUGACCCUGAGGUCUUUGCCAUACCGGGCAGAAGCUUGCGCCAUGCUCAUGGACCUCCAAAAUUGUGAGUUGAGUAAAGCUCUUUAGGAAAUCCCCAGGAGCUGCCAUCGUGUUGUAGCGGGUAAAGCCCCUGCCUGCAAUGCCAGCAUCCCAGAUGGGUACCAGUUCGAGUCCUGGCUACUCCACUUCCCGUCCAGCUCCCUGCUAAUGCACCUGAAAAAGCAGCAGAAGAUGGCUCAAAUCCUUGAGCCCCCACCCCUGGCUGUUGGCGGUCAUUUGGGGAGUGAACCAGCAGAUGGAAGACCUCUCAGUUUCUCCCCCUCUCUGAAAUUCUACCUUUCAAAUAA